AUGUUAAAUGGAAACUUUGCGAUGCAAACGACACUUUUCAAUUAUCCAGAUUGUAUUUAUAAUUCAUCAGACCUUGACUUAUACACAACAAAUACAGAUACAACAACUACAAUUGGUGAUUUAAAUGUGUGGAAUACAAUAAUUUUUAUGAAAUCGUAUCAAUUAUUAAUUAUUGGAACCGAUAUUAUAUUAAAUUUAAACACACUUUUUAUCAUACAAGGAGGGUGUUAUUUUUAUGGUUCAGUCAGUAUCAAACACUCAAUAAUAUACUAUAAAACGAUAUUUAUAUACUUUGACACCACGCCUUCUUUUGGUCAUACUACUGGUUACUUAAAGAAUGACGUCAUUUUUUAUUUCAAAACAAAGAGCAGUUCUUUUAAUUUAAUUACAGAUGUGACCAAAUGUGAACAUGCUGUUAUGCAUUCUGACUCAGACUGUAGUACAAGUCAAAAAUGUUAUUUAAAUGGAAGUUCGAUUGUGACAACAGCCAAUACAUAUAAUGGAAAAACUAAUUUGUUUUGUGGACUCAAUACACUGCCUUUUUUAUUUGAUCUGGUAUUCUGUUCUACGUUUGGAGGAAGUUAUAAAAUUAGUGGAGAGUCUUACUGGAAUCAACUUUACUGUUUGGCAACGUAUUGUAACUUAAGUUCUACCAAUGUUAUUAAUAUCAAAAGAAUGGUUGUUGACAACACAUUUGGAGAUUUAAUUCUGAACACAGAUAUUGAUAUUGACUGCUUUGAGUUUGCUGCAAUAAAAACAUAUUACUUAACAAGAAAUAUAAAUAUAGCGACUUUGAAAAUUAAUAUACAAAACAAUAUGAAUACAAACAUUCUAUUUGUUAUUAAUAAUGGUACUUUGACUAUUCAAAAUAUCGAAAUUGGCUCUUCCAUGUCAAGUUGUUUUGAUGUUGUUUCAUCAAAAAAUUCAAUUACAGAAUACUCAAGUAUUAAAAUAACAAAUUCAAACUACAAAAUUAUGACUGAUUUACUCUCACAAAAAUUGUUAAGAAUUUGCCCAAUUAAUAAAGUAAAGUCAGCAACCAUCUGCAUCGAAAAGACAACUGCAACGUCAAUAACUUCCGAAUAUAAAUACCCGCACUGCCCUUGUACACAAUCAAAUUGCGUUGUACAAUUUUCUGGUGAUGUUUUUAAUUUACAAAACGUGGAAUUGCAAGGUACACUUUUGGUGAAAUAUCACUCAUCUACAAUGGAAUUAAUUAUUAAGAACAUUAAUUUUAUUAAUUUACUCAAAACAGAAUAUGGAAUGAAUAAUGCUAUUCACUUAUAUAAAUCCGAGAAUGUUAAAUUUGGGAAACUCACCCAUUAUGAUUCUACUCAAGUAUUAAAAUUUGACUCACCAUUUGUUGUUGACGGAACCAACAUUUUGAAAUGUGCUCUUUUUGCCGAAGGUCAUUUUACAAUAAACAAUUUACAUUGA